CUGUCAGUGUGUUUUUGCCUGGUGAGAUCCUACAUAACAAUGUUCGCAACUCCAGCCUGAACAGAUGCUUCUGAGAAAUACCUAUAACGAAUAUACAUUUGACGCACAGGCUUCUGAAUCGAAAGGUUGGGUGAGGAUCAGUUGUUAAUACCACCACACAGACGGACGCCAAUGACCCUGAGAUCUGCUGACCUGUGAAAUAAACUGGUCAACCACAUCAGCGACACUCUGGGGCGCUGUGAGGAAACAGCUUGGGAGCAUUAGCCACUGUCUCUGGACCUCAAGAUAAUAUAGAAUGCAGUACUUUUACAAUGUUUAAAGUAACAUUUGCAUACAAUGUGAAAGAAAAUAGUUAAGAAAACUUAUGUAGAAAAAGGUUUGCUGUAGUUUUGUCUUUAGACUUUUAACAUGGAGAUGUCUGCAGUCCCUGCAACAAAAUGGAUGUAAAUAGAAUUUCAUAACACAUUUUACGAGAUGGAAACGCCUCAACCGACUUUCUUUUUUCAACAAAUCUGUUGCAGGAGACAAAAAAAAAAUCAAGGAAGUUUGUUUUUGUAUUUUUAGCCUUUAUAUAUUAUACUUUGUCAAGCUGCACAUCCCUGGAGGCCUCUGUCCAGAGAACCUGAUGCAUGGCAUGUGUUGUGUAUUGUCCCGGUAAAUUAAUAGUAAAAUAAAAACGAAAUAAUAGAGACACAGAGGGAAAAUAAGACUCUUGAAGUAGUAAAGCUGAGACAGCACAAUGAAGACUUCCUCUGGUUUUUUUGGUCUCUUUCACAAAGAGCUAAACUUCGUUCAUCCUCUCCAUCUCAGUUUCAGGAGGCAUCCCAGGGCAGCUUAGGAGGGAUUUGUCCAGACACAAUCGGCCCAUGUGAACCGCCUUGUCUCGGAUGCUAUCCUAUUCCUAUGGCUUCCCAUUCUUCUCAUGCGUAGCUCACUAAUCCAGGCGUAACCUAUUGACUGGCACUCUGGCAGACAGGAAGAGACAGUUUGUAUUUAAAUCAGACAUUUCAACCCCCGUGCAUGUUUAUUUGUCCAAGUCACUGAGAGAAAGAAAGUUCUCCAUCAAAUCCACUUUCUGAACUGAGCAGGCUACUUGAGUGAUUUGUUAUGGGGUUCAAGUUUCUCAUUGAUUUUUUGGGAUGAAACCACUAGAGGGGGCCAAACGUUAUGGCUGGGCAACAGUGCUCGUGGGAACCAGAGAAGAAAAGGACUAAUGCAAAUCGCAGCAGGUGAAGGCUGUUUGGAGCUCACCGUGGCAGGGAAGCCAUCUGACCUGGAUAACAAGUUCUCACUUUAUCGGUUUUAAUGCAAAAAUGACAAAACUCGCAAAUCUACAUGAGUCAGCCUGGAGCCAGCAGUCUGCCAGGAGUUAAGGACAGACUCUUUGACCUCCCUCCCCCUCUCUGUGCUCCUGCCCGAACGUGCGGGCCGAUCUUCCCCUCCGGAGGAUCAGCAUGACAAAGCACUGGCCGGAGCAGACCCUCUUUGCACAACCCGCUCUGUCCCACCUGGGAGAACAUCACAGCCAUCAACUUGACUUCCACAGAAAUGCGCAGCAGAGUUUUCCGGCCAGGGGUGUAGCGCGGAACUCCGCAGUCCAACAGUGGCCUCCACACCUGGCUCAGAUGGUUCCCCAGCAGUUGUCGCGCGUGGAGAAACCCACAGCUGGCCACGGACAUCUCACCAGCGCCACGGCGUUCAUGGAUUCAGUCGCACUGGCGGGCUCAUCCUGCCAGAGUCCUCAAGAUGCCCACUUCACGCAGGAAACUAUUAGCGGGGACUCGUGGAACAGCGAACGGGAGAAGUGUAGCAGCAGCGGUGGGAAGAAAAAGAACUACCAGCGGUACCCCAAACCACCGUACUCGUACCUCGCUAUGAUUGCUAUGGUCAUCCAGAGGACCCCAGAGAAGAAACUGACGUUAUCCGAGAUCCUCAAGGAGAUCAGUACUCUCUUCCCAUUCUUCAAAGGAAACUACAAGGGUUGGCGGGAUUCUGUGCGACACAACCUCUCCUCUUAUGACUGUUUUGUGAAGGUGCUGAAGGACCCAACGAAGCCUCAGGGCAAAGGCAACUUCUGGGCAGUGGAGCUGAGCCUCGUUCCUCUGGAGCUCCUCAAGAGGCAGAACACUGCUGUUUCGCGUCAAGAUGAAACUAUCUUUGCCCAGGAUCUCGCCCCUUAUAUCUUGCAGGGACACCAGCCAGAAUCGGAGCCUCCACCUGCCCCCGCCGUCCCCCUGCCCACCAUGUGCUCAAAACCCCCCUCCCCGCCGCAGGAGGACAUGUUCCAACCCAAGCUGGACUCGUCCUUCGCCAUCGACUCUCUGCUGCACAGCCUGCGACCAACCAGUGCCUCCGGGGACGUGGACGCGUCUACCAGGGACUGCUGGGGCAAGGCGGAGCGCACUCGGCCUUCGCCGCCUCUUCGGGCUCGCUACGCCUCCUCUGCCCGCAGUGCCUCGGCCAGCUCGGCCAGCCCGCCCUCCACCUCCUCAUCCGAUGAGGAGUGGAAAGGCACCUCCCUGUCCGGGAAGCGUGUUCCUCUUGAUGGGGAAGCUGGGUCGGACGGAUACGAGGACUACAGAGCGCCGCUGCAAAAGUCAGCCCGACGGGAGAUGGUUGCACAUCCAUGGGAGCUCCCUACCUCCUACGCCAAGUAUGCACCGCCAAAUGCAGUUGCCCCACCCAGCAUGCGGUUCAACGGAGGGCCUCUGAUGCCGCUGCAUGGCGGACUUCCCCUUUAUGGCUACGGUAGCUCUCCUGUAGCACCAAGUCACUUCUUAGGGCAUACCUACUGGCCCAUACUCCCUAGCGGACGAGUUUCGGUCCAAGCACCUCCCCUCAUAAUGGAUCUGGACAACAUGUUGCAAUCUGUGCCUCCGAAUAAGAGUGUGUUUGACUUGUUGGUACCAACCAAUCAUAACUCUCACCAGCAUCAUCAAGCACCCAGUCAGUACACACUACCAAAUGGCCCUCCCUUAAACAGGUAUUCUCAAUUCUGACUGGACUGAAACACUGACUUGUGGCCUCAUGCUGUCACUCAUAUCACACUACGAUGCAAGGGAAACGCAUUUCUGCUGCAGGUCCUGCUGAAUCGAGUUUCACUUCCUCCGGCUCAAUGUUUAAUAUGCAAAAUCAGCGCUGAACUACAGCGUGUAUAAGUGAUGGGUUCAUGUUAUUUUCUUUUUUUGAGGACAAAAUUUUAAACUCUCUUUAUUGGAAAGAAAUGUACCACAAAGGGCAACAUAAGAUCUACCUCAGGCUUUCAGGGAAAUGCAGUGUGCUCCACGGCUGGCUCUUUGCACUGUCAAUCGUGUUUGCACUGUUUUAUAUAUUUGCAUGAAUUUGCUUUCUUACACAAUUUGUAUGUCGUCUUCCACCUGUGAUGGCUGAAUGUAUGGUUGGAUUCAAUCUUGAAGUUUACACAUGAUUGGAUGGUCGUGGAUACAGUUAUUAUGAGCAACAAAGUAUCAAAUGCAAUAUUUUUCUUUUGGUGUAUCCUGCUUUCUAAGAAGAAUAUAGAAUGGUUAGGUGAAUAACAUCAUUUAAUGAUUUUUUUUUCUUUGCUCUGUGCGCACAGACACACUGACAAUGUGUACACACAUGUUUUAUUUGAGUUUUAGUGUGUUUGCUCAGAUGGUUAAAUAUACAGGACACAUACCUCAAUGUUGGUCAAAUUUAGACCGUCUGUAUCGGUCCCAAGCAGAUUAAACAGAUAGUGAUACUGCACGUUAGCCCUGUAAUUGUCGCAUCUUCAUGUUUUUGGUUUUGUAAUGUAAAAAAAACUCAGGACACUGGAGACGAUCAACCACCACAAAUAUCUACCUCAGGUUUUAAACAGUCCAAGAAACGUUUCUUGUGGCUUUUGCACUGUCGGUUGUUUGCACUAUUUUAUGUCGUUGUUAUGGUCAUCCAAAGUAAAAUGCGUAUUAAUAUCUGCAUGUGCCUUUUCAGGUAAAAGUUUUCUACCAUUUUUUUUUUACCAGUGUAUUUACAGGACUGAGCUGGAGUGUAAGCAGCUCAGAAGUUUAAAUAUAAAAAUAAGCUUAUGGAGUCGAGCAGGGUGUGAAAUAAAAGGUUGGUUUUAAAUGGGCUGCUCUGUAUUGCAUUGAAAAAUGAGUCAACUAAAACGGCAGAACUUUGUCUUUUUGUAAUGAGUAUUUGUAAAUCUUGGAUUCCCUUUAUAAAUGUAUCAUUUCUAUGUUACUUGGUUUUAGUAUGUUUGUUCAGAUGGUUUCUAAGUCCUUGUGUGUCUUUAAAGCUUGGUGGUAGAAGAGCUACGCAACCACAACUGGACUAACAGCUGUCUUUAUUUUUCCACGAAUCUAUAGAUUCACAAAACAAGAAUUGUGGAUUCAGUGCAAAAUAGUCCUUCAUUUGUUUUAAUGUAUGUGGCCAAUUUCAAAUGAGAACCUAUCCUUUGACAUGAAGUAGAAUUCGAAAAACUCCUGAAUAGCAUCAAUCCAUAUCUCCUUAAUGUGAAAAGUACUAGUAAAAGAUACAAUACGCCAAUGUACUAAU